CAGCAGCAUUCGCCCAGAAGACUAGCGCCGUGCUGCUGUUCGCACCCCAGUUCCGAGAUCUGCUUGUAUAUCGGUGUCUUAAAGUGCAUAUUCUUCUUCCUAAAUUCUUAAGCAGCUCGUUUAAAGAUGUUGGCGUGCACUGAAAUGAUCACGAUGUGUCUCCAGUCGGCGAAGCGCGAGCAUCUCCGCUCCAAACAGCAGCAGCAUCAGAUGCAGGAUGCGGUUCACGGACUGCCCAUCUUUCACGAUAUUUUCCGUCGAGCUGACAAAAACGAUGACGGGAAGCUGUCCUUCGAGGAGUUCAAAGCGUAUUUUGCAGACGGGAUACUGACAACUGAUGAGCUGCGGGAGCUGUUCUACUCCAUCGAUGGACGGCAGACAAAUAACCUCGAUACAGACAAACUAUCAGAUUACUUUUCCCAGCAUCUUGGGGAAUACCUGGAUGUUCUGUCAGCGUUAGAGAAACUCAAUGUCGCCGUCCUAAAGGCGAUGGACAAGACAAAGGAGGAGUACCAGGGUUCCUCGGUUCUGGGGCAGUUUGUGACCCGUUUCAUGUUGAGGGAGACGUCCAGUCAGCUGCUGUCGCUCCAGAUGUCUCUGCAGUGUGCAAUGGAGGCUGUGGAGGUGCAGAGCAGCACCACUCCGAAAUCCUGGCCAGGACAUGUCUGUAAAAAAGAGGGCAUACGUCAUAACAGUUAUAACCAUGCUUGUGAUGAGUGGAGUUGUGUACUGAGUGCUGGUGUGUGUUGCGUCUCAGGCGUUACCGUAGAUACAGAUGAGCACUGGUGCUCUCAGAUCAACAGACUGCAGCAGCUCAUCGACAAACUGGAGUGUCAGAGUCCAAAGUUGGAGCCGCUGAAAGAAGAUACACUGGCCAGCACGUACAAGUCGAACAUUCUGCUGGUGCAGAGACAGCUGAGCGUGACAGAGAAUGAUCUCGAGGAGUUCCAGAAGGCUCUGAAGACCUACGCCGACACCACCGCCAAUCAGAACGACAACCUCCAUGUUUCCAUCCAGAAGCUUCCCGAGAAGAGCUGCUACAUCAUCUAUGAGUUCUGGCAGGACCGUAUUUCCUGGAUGAGUUAUUUGCAGUCUGACGCCAGUAAGAUGUUCCAGCGCUGCAUCAUAGACAUGCUGGAGGAUCCAGAGAUCGUCUCCACGAUGCUCAUGCCAGCAUCCUGGUGGAUCAUGACAAACAACUAACAGCAGCAAGAAAACACCCUUCACCGCCCACCGCUGAACCCCGAUCUGAAACAUCACCCCAGUGUGUCUUUGAAUUAAUAACUAGACCUAAAAAAAAUCAGAUGAAUCAUCUGUACGUGUGACACACACACACCGUUUUUGUGUUGCAUUUUAUAGAGUAACGUCUGAUGUCCGAUAGUUCACUGAAAACAAAACACGUUACACAGGGUUGUGCAUCAUUCAGAACUGAAUUCAGAUGCUUUUACAUUCCAGUUCAAUUUUUUUUUUUAUUUGAAUUAAAUUUGCAAACAGGCAGCAGAAAUGUUUAAAUUCAGAGAACAUUUAAAGAAAUUCAU